GUUCAAUUAUCUUCAAGUUUAAUGAAAUGCCAAACUAUUUAGUGUAUAUUGCAGCGAUUACCUAGCUAUUAGAGAAUAUCACGAGGAUGACUGUAGCCAUCAUUCAUGAUGCCAAUGACCUCUUUACAAUGUCAUCUGUGCUCUCAUGCGUGGUUAGCUUGGUUCCCGAGGCCUUCCGAUUGUGCAAGCACAGAAUGUGGGGUAAAAUAAUCUUCAUGCCAUUCAUGCCACUGCAAUAUUGAAAUAGGCCAUUUAAUCAUGGGAAAGAUGUUUGUGAUGUACAAGUAAUGCAAACUAAAUACACAGUUUAGGUGAAGAAGAAAUAAUCAACAAGUUCUGGGGACGGAUACAUCAGUUGUAGAGAUGGAUUCUGCUUUUGACCUUCCCAAACCCAAUCCACCAGAAACGUUCAGCGAAAUGAACGCUGAUGAUAAAGCAAGAUACAUUGCAGACGAAAUUAUGGACCUCUUUCGACCAUCGCGAGAAAAUGGACCUGAACUGGCCUUGGUUGUGAUAGGAAUGACAAUCCUACUUAACCUUAUUUUGUUCAUUUCCAUUUUAGCCGAGGGGAACAUUAAGAAACCUUCUAAUCUUUUAGAAAUAGCGAGGGGGUUCUCAGAAGUUUUUCUCUUAGUAUCAAUUACAAUACAAAAUACGAAAAAUAUGUACAAUACAAUAGAGCCAGCCUCAGCGGUUUCUGGGUUUGCCGUAUUCUGGUUUUUUUCGAUGUUGUCUGUGUGCCUUGGUCUGAUGAAGUCAUUCACGGGAUUUGUACGGUACACCGGUAGAUACUCAAUGUCGGGUUCUUUCUUGCUCGCGAACUUGGUUAUAUUUGCCCUAUCGGCGUUCAUUGCCUUUAUUGUUCUGUGUGUGGUAUAUGUUGCCAAUGUUCUGGGCUUUGUUAUUUUGGUUUGUAUCUUCUAUUAUUUACCGUUCAUGGGGAUGUGGUUACUGGAUGGAUUAAGAAUUCUGCAUCUUCGAACUCAUUCAGUGAAAAAUAUUCUAGAAAUGGAAACGUUGAAUAAGACUAAUCCUGCGGUACCUGCGCAUGAACAGGAAGUGCAGUUCCAGAAGCCUAUGACAGGCUUUGGAAUGUUCAUUACCUUGUUGUACGGGUUUUGUCACACCGUUGCUUUUGCCAUGGUAUCUAUAGUUAUUACACGAGUCGCCUGGGUUUUCUUCAGACCAGUUUCCACUCAAGUUCAACUACAGUCCAUCCCUGGUAUUCUCUAAAACAUUUGAAUGUUAAAUUGUUUUAUCACAAUUCGGCUUCAUGCAGUAGACACAAGAUCGCAUAAACGCGGAACUUUCGGAUUUUCCAUUUAUUUUCAAAAUGAAUCCUGGACCUUUUUGUGCAAUUUUUUUAUACGCUCGUAGCCUCUGGUUAUAUUUUUCAUGAAAGUAUUCUCUAGAUUAAUACUAUAGAAUAUAAUGCUUUAUGUACAUUUUGUUUGUGCAGAUAUGAUUUGUAAGAGUUCUGUUUAUAACUAGCCAUAAAUGUGCAAGUUUGUGAGUUCAAACGAUGUAAUUGUAAUAUUAACAAUAUUGUAUACAUGUAUCUUCAUAAGGAAAAUAAAUGCCCAUGCCCGACUCCUGAUUAUACACACCCCACUAGUAUCUUGUCCUCUAAGGCAGUGCGAUGUAGGUAUGAGUAGUUGAAUUGUCCAUUCUGAAGUGAGUGGCUAUGGUGUCAAGUAGAUAUAUCCAUAUAGCAGAAGUGGAUGUCAGGUAGCGAACGAAGUGAGAUCCGGGGGAUGUGAAAUGGAUAUGAAAAUGGACGUACCGCAUGUCGGUAAUUACAUUGUUCAUGUAUUAUAGUAAUUAAAUUGUACAUACAAUAUUGUAAUUAUAAUGUACAUUUGAUACAGUAACUACAUUGUAUAUUUAUUUGCAUUGUACAUGUAAUGUGGCUGCAACUUUUCAUUGUAUCUUGAAUUGCAGGAAAUGUAUUCUUUUAUAUUGUUUUAUAUGGUAAAUUUCGGUUUUUUAAAAACUUGUACUUCGAAAGUUUGAAUUUGAAACUUAAUGGACUGUCAAUUUUUUCUAACAUUUGUGAAUGAUUAUGAUAAUUGUAACCUCCUUACACUGUACAAACCUACACUGAUUAUCAGAAUUCUUCUAACAUUUGUAAAUAAUUAUGAUCGAUUGUAACUUCACUGCAUUGUACUUUUUUUGGAAAGAAUAUAUUAUUUAGUUCAUUGUAAACAUAUUAUCGCUCAAGUAUACAAUAGCAAAAAUAAAUGAUAAGCAUACAA